GGGAGGGGGCGGAGGGUGAGGGCACGCCCCUGCCUCUGAAUGGCUGGAGAAUUUAAAGAUCCGGCCAGUGAUAGGAUGAUUCCCCACGGCCUGCGUUUGAAAGUUAUAGAGCCCGAGCUUCGCCGGCAGGUCCGCUCGGUCCAGCCAGCUCGUCCGAGUUCCGGCGCAAGGUCCCCCGUCUUCAGCGGCCCCUGCCGGACAGCCGAGGCACCCCAAACCCGGGUGCAUUUGACGCUGUCCACGCGCCGCUCUGGAAAUUAUCGUGUAGGAUGUAAUUUCUAAAUGAAUUUCCUAAGUUGCCCCAGCGUCCUUUUGCCAUCACUGUGACCUCUUUGUGUUACCGGAGAGGGGUUGGAUCCUAUGUGGCCUUGACCGGCCUCUAUACCACCUGUCGUGUCCUUGAGUCCCCGCGACUCCGGUGCUCCGAUCCUUUGCAGACCUGCGGAGGCGGUGGCGAUGCUGUCCGGUUCCCUGGCGGCGGCCGCGGAAUGCGAGGACGCGGAGCUGCGGUGCCGCGUGGCUGUGGAGGAGCUGAGCCCCGGCGGGCAGCCGCGAAGGCGCCAGGCGCUGCGCACCGCGGAGCUGAGUCUGGGUCGGAACGAGCGCCGCGAGCUGAUGCUGCGGCUGCAGGCGCCGGGGCCCGCGGAGCGGCCGCGCUGCUUCCCCCUGCGCGCGGCGCGCCUCUUCACGCGCUUCGCCGCCUCGGGACGCAGCACCCUGCGGCUCCCGGCCGACGGCUCGCCCCGGGCGGGCGCGGUGCAGCUGCUGCUCUCGGACUGCGCCCCGGACCGCCUGCGCCGCUUCCUGCGCCUGCUGCGACUCAAACUGGCCGCGGCGCCAGGUCCCGGGCCGUCCUCCGCCCGCGCGCAGUUGCUCGGCCCGCGGCCCCGCGACUUCUUCACCAUCAGCCCCGUGCAGCCCGAAGAGCUGCGGCGCGCAGCGGCCACCCGGGGCCAGGACGUGACGCCGGUGGAGCGGGCCACGGAGUCGCGGGUGGGGGCCGAGCCCAACACCGUGAGGACAGGAAAGGGGGAAGCCCCAAGGUGGCCCCUGCCUGUGAAGAAGCUGAAUUUGGCCCCCGCCAAAUCACAGCUUUCUGAGGAGCAGGCUGCAGUGCUGAGGGUCGUCCUGAAAGGCCAGAGCAUUUUCUUCACUGGGAGUGCAGGGACAGGGAAGUCUUAUCUGCUGAAGCGUAUCCUGGGCUCACUGCCUCCCACAGGCACAGUGACCACCGCCAGCACGGGGGUGGCAGCCUGCCACAUCGGGGGUACCACCCUCCAUGCCUUUGCAGGCAUCGGCUCGGGUCAGGCUCCCCUGGCCCAAUGUGUGGCCCUGGCCCAGCGGCCAGGUGUGCGGCAGGGCUGGCUGAACUGCCAGCGGCUGGUCAUCGAUGAGAUCUCCAUGGUGGAGGCAGAUCUAUUUGACAAGCUAGAGGCCGUGGCCAGAACUGUCCGGCAGCAGGAUAAGCCAUUCGGAGGGAUCCAGCUCAUCAUCUGUGGGGACUUCCUGCAGCUGCCGCCUGUAACCAAGGGCUUCCAGCCCCCACAGUUCUGCUUCCAGGCCAAGAGCUGGAGGAGGUGUGUCCCGGUGACCCUGGAGCUGACCAAGGUGUGGAGGCAGGCAGACCAGACCUUCAUCUCUCUGCUGCAGGCUGUGAGACUGGGCAGGUGCUCAAAUGAGGUGACCCGCCAGCUCCAGGCUACGGCCACCCACAAGGUGGGGCGAGACGGAAUUGUGGCCACCAGGCUCUGCACCCACCAGGAUGACGUGGCUCUUACCAAUGAGAGGCGGCUGCGGGACCUGCCAGGUGAGGUGCACAGCUUUGAGGCCAUGGACAGUGACCCUGAGCAAGCCCGGACUCUGGAUGCCCAGUGUCCCGUUAGCAAGCUCCUUCAGCUAAAGCUGGGGGCCCAGGUGAUGUUGGUGAAGAACUUGGCGGUGUCCCAGGGCCUGGUGAAUGGUGCCCGAGGGGUGGUGGUCGGCUUCGAGACUGAGGGGAGAGGGCUGCCCCAGGUACGGUUUCUAUGUGGGGUCACCGAGGUCAUCCGUGCUGAACGCUGGACGGUGCAGACCACUGGGGGCCGGCUCCUCAGCCGGCAGCAGCUGCCCCUCCAGCUGGCCUGGGCCAUGUCCAUCCACAAGAGCCAGGGCAUGUCCCUGGAUUGCGUGGAGAUCUCCUUGGGCCGCGUGUUUGCCAGUGGCCAGGCCUACGUGGCCCUUUCCCGGGCCCGCAGCCUGCAGGGCCUGCGUGUGCUGGACUUUGACCCCAUGGUGGUUCGCUGUGACCCCCGUGUGCUACGCUUCUAUGCCACCCUGCGGCGGGGCAGUGGCCUCGGCCUGGAGUCCCCAAAUGAUGAUGAAGCAGCCUCAGACCAGGAGAAUGUGGAUCCAAACCUUUGAGCCCCAAAGAGAAGACAGAAGAUGGUCUCCCCCUCCUGCGUGAGCUAGGACCCCAGGAGAUAGCAGGGGAGGAUGGUCAGUGCCCGUUCUCCCGUCAUUAGGGUCUCUCAGCCUCCUGGCACGGCUACAGGGAUAAUGCUUCCCACCCAUUUGCCAGCCGUGCCUCGGUUUCUCCCCUUGCACUGGGCGAGCUGCUUCCAGGGUCAGGAAUCGUCUUUCUGUGCCAGUUGGGAAUGGGCCUGUGGUGGUAUCUGGUGUUAGAGGACAGAGGGCUGGCCACGGGACCACCGUCAUGAGGGCCACCCGCUUUGGGCUGCAGAGGGAGAGGUGUUCCAGGGGCAGGAAGAGGCACGUGGGUUCUGUGGGACUCAGGCCGGUACAGGCCCCAGGUGGAGAAGGGACCCUGAGGUAAUUUCACAGCCAGGCCCAGCCUCGCACAGCCAGGACCGACACCCGCCUGAGCCUGACGUGAGGACACGCACAGCACACUGUGCGCCCAUCUCUUAAGCUGCUUUCUGGGCAAAGAAACAGUGAGUGAGGAUUGAAAUGGGUGUUCUCCGGUUGAGUUUAUUUAUUUAUUUAUUUUAAUAAAUAUAGUUGGAAGUAUUACAUAUGUCCCCCUUUCCCCCCCAUGGCCCCCCUCCAGCCUGCCCCCACCCCCCACCCCAGGCCUUCACCACCCUAUUGUCUGUGUCCAUGCAUAUAUGCAUGCUCAGAUGGUAUUUAUUUAGGACAAAUAAACCUGUGAAUUGUGUAAGGACUGUG